GUGUUGUAUGUUUUAAAUAAUUUGUGUAUCGUUUCGACAGUUCGUGACAAUUUAAAGAAAGAUAUUAAUAGAAAAACUACUAGAACAAUACAAGUUUCUUAAACCCUUCCAGCCCAACAAGAGGUUGUUAUCAUCAGUUACGUCAUCAGUUUUAUCAAUGGUUGGACAGGAAGGAGGCCCACCAUCUUUAUUUAAUACCAUUGAUAGUUCAGAGUAUCCUUGGUUGUCUUAUUACUGUUUGUUAGCUGAGGAACAGUUUGAGGAGCAGGAAGGAGUCUGGAUAUCAUUACUUAAACUACUAAAAAAAGAUCAAAAAAUAUCAAUUGAUAACGCAUUAAAAAAAGCACUCUCUGAUCUUGGUCAUACCGGUUCAUCAUUCAAUGUCAAUCAUUUAUGUAUAUACCGCUGGGCUGACCUCUGCAGCUCCAUGGACACUUCAUUCAUACUCUACCCUCUAGUGUGGCAGAGAUAUUUCACACUCUAUCUACAAAGACCAAUCUUCACAGCAAGCAUGCCUGAGAGAGGUAGUUUAGGUUUAAGGUUCUUCUCUACUAAUCGGACUCAAGGAAUACGACGCAACAUGAGAAAGGCUCUCACUAAAUCCUUUCGCUCACUUCAAGAGGAACUGAAGUCAAUUAAAAGAGACAACGAAGAAGAAAAAGGAAACAUAUUCCUAUUAGAACUAUUACCAAAAUUAAUAUCUUAUUAUCAGAUGCUCCAGAUGUGGUUGGAAGAGCCGAGACUUCACGAGGAGACACUCUCACUGCCUUCACUACCAAUCCAAUAUGAACCAGAGAGACUCUCUAAACUGUUCAAAACACAACAAAGUGAUUGGGUGGAGUUCUUAAGACUCUGGGAGAUUGAGGAUAUCAUUAAAGUGAUGUUGGAUGAAUGGAAACAAGUCCAGCUCUACCAGAAAGCACUAUCAUGCCAAACCGAGUCACACGAGCAAAGCCCAGACACAGCUGCUGCAAGGAUAGAGAAGAGGUUACGUUACAGAUCCACUCCUGCCCCUCCCCCUCCCUUCAUAUCCCCUCCUGCUCCGUUCUCUCUCGUACCCACAAGGAUCCUCCUCUCCAAGCCUGACCUUCUCUCUGCUGUAGUAGCUGACAUCAACUUCAUAGCGCAGCAAGGAAGUUCAUAUUGUGAGAGAUACAAUUCAAUGGUUGCUCUUGAUUCUGAGUACAUGAGUGGUAUCCCUGACCUCUACAGUAACCAGCCCAGACAGUUUCAUGUUAGUAUUCCGUGUCAUAAGAAAGCUGCAUGUACUGGAUCUGCUACCAUCGUAUUUAGAUUCAAUGAGUUGACUCCCCACCCUCACUGGGAGCAGAGGGUACCCCAGAACAGGCAGGAACAUAAGGAGCUACUCAGUGCCCUCUCCUGCCCAGUCUCAUUUGAUUUGUGUAAAGCAGUGGCAAGGACUGAGCAUGUUGUUGGAGAGCUAUCAAAAUUAUCUGAAAGUAAUGACAGUGAAGCUUUAUCAAACGGCGUCUCUUUAUUUUAUGAAGUGUUAAAGUUUAUAACAUCAGAAACAAAACAGUAUCCACCAACCUGCCAGUUCCUCUCAUCAUGCAUACAAAUACUGGGACAAGAAUUCAUACACAGGGACCCCAGUCAGACAGCGACCAUAUUACAGUUAUUGUUAGCCCAGAGGUCACUGGGUGACAUCCUUGCUCCUCUCUUUGACCCCAAUCUCUGUCCUCCUGACUUUAUCUCAAUGUAUGUCAGUGUGAGGGAAGUAGCCAUCAAAGAAGGCCCUACCAUUGCUUUCUCUACACUCACCAAAUUCAAUAUUCCUAAGUGGUUGUCGGAUUAUUCUCCAUCGUUACCAGACUCCUCUCAACUACUCAAGUACAUCUUUCAAGGAAUAUCUUACUGUGGGCGGGAGCCUGACGAUGAUCUACUGAUUUUAUUGGAGGGAUACUUGUCUCAUUUUAGUAAAUUGUUAGAGUAUCAGUUUCCAUUGUUAUACAAUGAAGCAUUACACCUGGUUAUUGAUGGGACUGAUACUGGCGGUAUUUCCCCUCGCUGCUGGGAGGAGCUAUCAAAAGUGACCACGCCCUCUUUAUCAACUGAGUAUGAUUCCUGUCGUCUGGGCCUACAGCUCCUUCAAGAGUCGUUGCAACAUUUGUCUAACUUUUAUACUCAAAAAAGAUUUUACACCAAAGAGACAAUAUAUGAGCUAGUUACAUCAGACUAUGUGUCUCAUAUAUUGCAGUUCAUUGUGAUGCUUUGUACAUCGUUAAUCAAUAAACUACUGACCAGUGUAGAACUAGAGAACAAUACCAUACAAGGAGCACUAACUGAGGCCUGGCGUAGUAUAAUAGAUGCAUUCAGGGCUUGGAUACUACCUCUACUCAAUGGAGAAAACAAUGAAGUUACAUUUCCUUGUAAAUUAGAAAGGAUCAUCACAUUUGAUGAGAGUUUUCGUCUCUUUGUUCAACUGGUCUCCUUGUUACAGAGCAAAUUUGCUAACAGUGAAAGUGGUAGUCCAUUACACCUCUUGUGGUUCUUCUAUUGUAACGAGUUGUCACUACCUGCCACUCCUUUACACAUACUGGAGUGCUACCACACCCACCUGACAUCUUUACCAUGGGAACAAUAUGCACCUGACCUAUCUGCAAUGGACUUGAUGAUUAAGUUGAAAAUUAACAAAGAAGUAUCACAAAUGUGUUUUGUGUUCCUGGGUGGAAUAUUUCCCUCGUUUAAUUGGAAGGAAAUAGCAAAGCAAUACAGUUCUGAUCUUUCUCUCUCCGUCCAUUUCCAUAUCACUUUCUUGCAAUUGCUAGUAAUGUUAGCUGCUGAGCCUGAGAUCAUGAAUAAUAAAGAUUCUCAUGUGCCUCAACUGAUUUCUGAUGCAAAAUCAUUUGAUUUUCAUUACAUUGAUUUAAAAACAUAUCAGGAUAUAUUAGAAUGGCAGAAGAACAACUGUACUCCUUCAUCAAUACUACAAGCUGGGUCUUCUUUAUCAUUAGCAUUAAGGUUAUUAAAGGCAGCUGGUAGUUUCCCUCUCAACAGUACCUCUAAACCAUUGACACUUCAUAAAGAUGGUUGGGAUAAGCGUUAUUCUUACAUGCGUAUGUUAGUUGAAAUCAUUUCAACCUCGAGCCAGCACAAGGAGACCCACACCUCAUCAUAUUCUGAUAUUGUCUCAUUCAUGAUGCACACACUCAUUGAUACUGUUGUAUUUGAACCGGAGUCCCUGAGUACCAUGAAUCCAGUGAUCUUAUUACAAGAGAUGAUCAAUAUGUUUAACACGUGUCAUCCGUCUGAUCAGUUCAUAUCAAAUCUGAUAUCUCAUGUCACUGAUUGUCUUGAUCAACUGCCUAACGCCUCACGCCUUCACUUACCCACCAUAACAGCUGCCAGUCGUACAAUAGUCUCAAUACCCCUAAUGGUGAAACUAGUUGAGAUUGUCAUUACAGUUUAUUUCAAGCACUAUCCCCCAGUCAAAGAGACUACGCUUCAGCUACCAGCCAAAAUGGACGGUUAUGGCUGGACUCACCUCUCCUCCUCUCUCUCUAUUCCUGAUACUGCAGCUCACGAGUUCUACACUGUCUGCGUCCAGCAGUUUGCUUGUUAUUGUCUUAAUACAAGGCUCUUGAAUCAGUUACAGAGAUGCAGUAGCUUGGAAGAGGAGUUAGAAAUUUUAACUAAAAUGGUCCAAUCUUGCUCUUCACUCAAACCAAAGCCUAAUGAAGAACACAAGAUGUUUGUUAUUUGGGAUAAGAUAUUAAACCUUUCCCUACGUCAGAUCUCAUUUGGUAACAUUAACCCAGCUAUAAAUCAAUUUACAAGUCUAGCUAACACGUUACAGCGUUUUGGUGAAGAUAAGGCAACUGAAGGACUUCUGGGAGCAAUUGGACUAGGAAAAAAAUCAAUUUAUAGUCUUGAGUUCAGAUUAAUAUCACGGGUACUUGCCACAUUCAUCCACACACAGCUACCUCUGGACACCUCUCAAUCUGUCCACCCUCGUCUCUCCCCUGGAGCUCCGGGCCACAUCAAAGACCCAAUGCGUUACGUUACUGGCUUUGCUUCUGUUGCAAUGGCCACCAAACAAGCAGAUCAAGCAUCUGCAAGUUUAGAAUCGCUCCUUAGCAAUAAGUCAUAUCUUCACUUGAGAGACUACAUCAGCUACUCGCUGGAUAUGAUUAAUGACUUGCAGUGCAAUUUAAUGAACAUUCAACAGUUGUUUGUAUAUCUUGUUAUUAAUUUAUAUUCUUCUGAGAGAUCACUGGACUCGCUCAGAGUGGCUCAGACAUAGUGUGAGAUUGUGCGUGUCUGAGAGAAAUUUAUUAUUAUUAUUAUAAUAGUAUAAUGUGCUUUCAUUUUUUAUAAUAAUUAUUAUAAUUUGUAA